CCGGGACCGAGCUGCGAGCUGUCCUCUUGUGGGACCUGUCCUGUCCAGUUCAGUUCCAUUGUCACCAUCACAACAAACAUCCUUCCCUCCUCAUCCACCCACUACAAACACAUCUUUAUCGAUACCCCGUGGCAUUUCUUCAACCACAUUCGUAACUUGCGGAACCACUCUUUUUGCGUGCACGAUUCUCACGAUCAAACGAUAAUUCGAUCGUCGCCGCGACAUCAUUACCUUCUCGAUCAAAAACAGCCACAUUCCAACCGACCGAAACAUCACUCAAUACUCCCACGCUCGGCAAUCCCAUCCGAGACAUACGGGACACGUUGUCCUUCCGAUCAAUAAACCAUUUCCAUUCCAACACAAAUCACACACACACAACCGCCCAAAAUGGCCGAAGACCUCGACACCUACACCCACCUCCCCCUAACCAUCGACCCCCAAAGCAAAUCCAUCUCCCUCGCUCCCUCCUCCGGCCUCUCCUCCUCCGUACAAACCCGCGCCCUCGAAACCGAGCUCGCCGCUCUCAACGCCCUGCACCGCUCCCUCCACUCCCUCGACGCCCCGCACCUGGUGCCCCCUCCCCCGAUCCCCGUAAACCCCAAACGCUCCGCCCAAGUCUCCAAGCUGCGCGACAGCGGCAACGCCGAGUACAAGAAGCACAAGUACAGCGAGGCAGCCAAGUUCUACACGCUGGGCAUCCAAAUGGCACUUGCCCGCCCGCUUUGGGAGCCGAGUCAGCUGGUGAGGGAGGAAGUCCACUCUUUGUUCUCGAACAGGGCGCAGGCGCACAUGUGGAUGCAGGAGUGGCCUGAGGCUGCGGUGGAUGCGGAGGCGAGCGUGGAGGCUAAGCGGGUGGGGAAUGCAAAGGCUUGGUUUAGGAGGGGAAAAAGCCUUUUGGAGAUGGGAAGACUCGAAGAGGCGAGGGAGUGGGUGGGUCGGGCGUUGGAGGUGGAAGGGGAGGAGAAGGAGUUGGCCGAGUUGGGGAGGGAGAUUGAGAAGCGGUUGGAGGCUAAGAAUGCGGGUGCUGGUGCUGAGUAGGAGGGACAGCAGCAGCAGCAGCAGCAGAAGCAGGCUUAGAAGGAUGCUGGAAAUGUAACUGGGUGUGAAGUGGAGUGGGAGGGGAUGGCGAGUAUCAAGGCAUCUGGGUUUAAGGCUGGGUGCGAUGUUGGCUUGCGCUGAGUGGGAUGAGUGGGAUGAACCUCCAGGAGAUGAUCAUGAGGACUAAAGGGUGUGAAGGUUGAGGUCGUUGCGAGAAGAGGGGGAUGGAUGGUAUUGCGGAAUUGCCAUGAUGAAAGGAUUGGAAUCUGAAGAAUGGUUCGGCGGGGACUGGCUGUGGCCCCCGGAACCGGAACCCAUCUUCACAAUCAAGAGGCGGGCACGUUGUCCAAGGACAUGGUUUCUUGUAUCUGCUUUCCGUCUGGCUUUGAUGGAAAAAGAAGGGAACACGCACGACGCAGAGGGAACUUUUGUUAUUUUUCAUGUAUUACAUGUUUUUAAGGGACACAACAGCGCUUGUCAACAGUCAGCGCUCUUUUUUUUCUCUGCUCUGCUGUCGCUACCAGGCAGUCGUUAGUUGCGCGUUAGAGGCGUUAGGUAUACAUAAUGGGGAUCAUUGUUUACACCAUCAUCUAUCUC